UUUUUCACUUUUUCAUUCUCUGUUUUUUCUCUACCAUGCUCUGUAUUUGAAGCAAUGGCUUCUGGUGUAAUACAAGAGCAGAACUUCAACAGCGGUUACGGAGGAGGUGAUGGUGGCCGAUGUGGAUACGGUGGUCGUCGUGAAGGCGGUAGCGGUUAUGGAGGAGGUGAUGGUGGCUACGGAGGAAGUGAUGGUGGCCGAUGUGGAUACGGUGGUUGUCGUGAAGGCGGUAGCGGUUACGGAGGAGGUGAUGGUGGCUACAGAGAAAGCGGUGAUGGUGGCAGUGGCUGAUCAUUAACAAUCGUGAGACUGGAAGGUCAAGGGGAUUCAGAUUUGUCACCUUCAAGGACGAGAAAUCCAUGACGGGUGUUAUUGAAGAUAUAAACGGGAAAGAGCUUGAUGGCCGUACCAUCAUUGUGAAUGAGGCUCAGUCCUAAGGAAGCGGCGGUGGUGGAGGAGGCCGUGGUGGCGGCAGUGGUGGUUACCAUAGUGGUGGUGGUUACGAGAGACGUAGCGGUGGUUACGGAUCUGGUGGAGGCGGCAGUGGCCGAGGUGGAUACGGUGGUGACCGUGAAGGCGGUAGCGAUUAUGGAGGAGGUGAUGGUGGCUACAGAGGAAGCGGUGACGGUGGCAGUGGCUGGUAAUUGAAGAUAGUGUGGUUUGGUGCUGCUCUGUGCUUGGUUUAGAUUUGGUUUGUUGGUUGCUAAUUGAGUUUCAGAGCUGCAACAUUUAAGUCGUGACGUUUUGGUUUGUGACGUUUCAUCCAAGAGUCACAAGUUCUAAGAGACACAACUCAUUAUGAUGUAGUGUCUGUUUGUUUUCUAUAUAAAACAGUUCUGUUGUUGAUGUAUGUAACAAGUUUUAGUUGAUCGAAGUUUAUAUUUGUUCUUA